GCCUAUAGCAACAACCUCGCUGCACUGUACUUGAAGCGCUGCCGUGCCCCUCUCCGCCCCUCCCAUCCAAGCACACGCAUUAACCCACAAUGUCGGCCAAGCGGAUCCAGUACAAGGUCGAGGGCCGUGUACAGGGUGUCAAUUUCAGAUCCUUCACCCAGAAGACCGCCCGGAGUCUUGGUGUGACGGGCUUCGUGACCAAUGCAUCAGACGGAAGCGUCCAGGGCGAAGCUCAGGCCACCGACGACAAGCUCAACGACUUCGUCCACCACCUGCACAAGGGUCCACCAGCCUCAUCCGUCUCCAAAGUCGACCACUCCGACAUUGCCACAAAGCCCGAUGAGAGUGGCUUCAACGUCCGCUACUAGAUAGGCCGCUUGGUGCUCAUCUGCAUCAGUUUAGUACAUAAUAACAUGGACAUGGUAGUAAUAUCCUGAUUACCUAAG